UCCAUUCAUCCUCACCCCCUCCCCGGGAUACCCUGAAAGGCCCCCAUCAGCAUCAGACACAGCAUCCUUGAUCAUUUCCAGUCCCUUGGUUCCCAGGUUGGAAGCCUCUAACCAGUCUCCCAGGCCAGGAAAAUCCUCACUCAGGUCCUGAGCCUCAGCCCUCACAGGGCCCUGAGCCUUUUCCAGGCAUCUGACUUAAUCUGCCUCCGAAACUGGAUCUUUCUCUGGCGGGUCCUCAGUGAAGACCACUGCUGUACUGGUGACUGUGACCUUCCUGAGCAUCAGAACACCAUGUCCUCCCGGUGGAUAUACCCAGGCAGGGUCACCAUCCUCCGUGUGUUCUGGCUCCUCCGCCUGCCGCAGCUCUUCUGCACCUGCGUGGCCUUCUCGCUUGUGGCCGACAUGGGCAUUUGGAGAGGGGCCGUAGGUAACUGGUCCAUGUCCUUCUGGUGCGUCUGUUUCACUAUGACCCUCAUCAUCUCCACAGUCGAGUUAUACAGGCGCCGGUCCUACUUUCCUUUUUUCUGGCACAACAUCUCCGUCACCUUCGCCUGCUACGCUGCCCUCAUCUGCCUCUCGGCCUCCAUCAUCUACUCCAUCACCCACGUCCAGUUCCUGCCUGAUGGUCCUUACCGGGACCGGGCCAUCGCCGCCAUGGCUUUCUCCUGCAUCGCGUCUGUGCUGUAUGUCAUAGAAGUGACCGGGAUGAGGGCCUGGUAUAAUCUCAAGGAGAUCUUCUUCUAUGAGCACACCAUGCGAGCCCUGCUGAAGGUGCUGGAGACCUUCGUGGCUGGUGUCAUCUUUGCCUUGCUCUGCAACUUCUCCCUGUACCUGCAAGAGCCGGCCCUGGAGUGGUGUGUGGCCGUGUACUCCAUCUGCUUCUUCCUGGCAGCUGUGGUCCUCCUGCUGGGCCUGGCUGAAUGGGAAUACACGCCGCCCAGGCCCUUCUCCAUUUUCCAGCUUGUGCUCAGCCUGCUCUCCGUCCUCCUCUACAUCAGCGCUCUGGUCCUCUGGCCGCUCUAUCAGUUCAGCGAGGAGUUUGGCGGACUGCCCCAGCGGUUCAUGGACGAGAGCUGCGUUGAUGGGCUCUCCUACGACAUGUGCGCCUGGGACCAGUGCCUGGCUGUGGCCGUCCUGACAGCCAUCAACCUGCUGGUUUACGUGGCCGACCUGGGGUACUGGGCCGGCCAGGUUUCCGGAGGGACUGAGAAUGUCUCCAGGGCUCCUGAUUCUGGCCAGUCCCAUCCGGUGACUUCACUGAGUGAAGACAUCCUGUGACGUCCUCUUCCUGGCUCCCCUCUCUCCCUCUUCACAUCCUUCCCCAUUCAUCCCACUCUCUUUAUGUUUCCUUCCCUCCUCCUGCUGUGGCUCCUUCUUGUUUUGUUGCCCACACCCUGUUUUGCCUCUUUCUCUUGCUUCUCUCAUCUUUAUUAUAUUUUUUGUUUUUCGUCCCUCUUCCAUUCAUGCUUGGCUUUCUCAUCUCCUGUGUCCUGACCACCUCCCCGCAUCUUCCUUCUUCUGAUUCAUCAGGACCUGAGACUCCUUCGUUCUCUGCCCACCACCCCCUCUCACCUCCUAAGGUGCUGACUUCACAGCGCACAGCCCUCUGUGCAGCUGUUCACACCCUGAGCCUCCGGAGGGGCCUCAUUGACAAAGUGUGUCUGUUCCCCUGGCAGUGCCUUACUGGUGUGGUUGGCAGAGUUUAUGGGCUGUGGACGGGUAGGAAGGGAUUGGGCUUUUUUUCUCCCAGUGGAGCAACUGUAUAGCGCACCUCCCCUUUGAGUUAAAAAAAGAUCUCUGAAGGUCAAUAAUUUCUAGUGGGCGAGAUUCUUGCAUGAGAUACUCUGGGUUCCUGGGCCCCACUUGGUGCUCAGUCCUCCAAGAGAUUGGCUCCAGAAUUUUUGCAAGCUCACAGAACAUCCAUUGCUUAGAGGGCAUCUUAGAGGAAGCCAGGGGUAAAUGCCUUCCAUCGCAAAUACUCUCCGGGGAAUAAAAAGAAAAGAGCUGGUGAAGAACCCCAGGUUCUUGAAGACACCUGUCUGCAGUGUUUGUGAGGGGCAGCGAUGUGGUCCCCCUGACUCAGUGAUCAAAACAGCAGAUCCUGCCUCUGCAGGGAGAAGAGCAUGGACGCUGCCAACCUUAACGCUGUAGUUUGUCUGGGUGUUUUGUUUUCCAUUUUUUUCUUCUGGUCUGGAGGCCACAAAGUACUGAGUGACUCUGUUCUUCAAGAGACAGUUUCAAAUUUUCUUGGGCAGCUGGUUUGUAGGGGAUGGGAUUGCUGCUUCCAUUGUCAAAGGAACUGUAUUGUUUGAACGUGAGGGGACACAUACGUGUGUUUUUCUAUGUCAGUUGCUUUUUGAUGUUGCUUCCUGCUUCUCUGGGACUCAGGCAUCAUUUGAACUAUAUAAAUGUGCACAAUUUAAAAAGAUUUUCUGAAGCUUCUUAUUCCUAUCAGCGCUGCUGACAAUCAUAGAGAAUGGCUUUUUCUAUUCUCCCACUUUCAUAAUAACCUUUUCAGCCUCAAUAUAAACAUGAAAGAAAAGAAAGCAAGCAAAACCACAAAAUCCUCAUACUCUACUUGCUGCAAAUUUGCCUAGAGCUCAGAGGAGUCCAAGUCAAUUUCCACCCUCACCCAAACAGAGGUCUCUGGGCCCCCCUCCCACUGACUCUCCACCCAGGCCUAGACUAGAGCCUGGGGGUGUGGCCCAGUCUGUGACCCUAGAUGUUGGGCCCCACCGCAGUGCCCAGUAUCCGGUCCCCUAGCUUUUAAAGGGGCCAUGACAGCAUCUGGAUGCCUCGCUAUAAAGGUGUGUGCUUGUGUGCAUGCUCAGUGCAUAUGUGUGUACAUGUGUGUGCCCUUGUGCUCCCUUGUAUUGAGGUCAGCAGGCCUUCACAGUAACUGGUGGCUGUGAAGGUCCCACAAGUCUCCUGUCGUCCAUUACAAAGCUUCAGAGCCCAGCAUCCUAGCGUCACCAGGACCAGAGGGCUGGCAAGCAGAGCUGCGGGGGAGGGGAGGGGAAGGGGCCCCUCUGCUGCCACUCACUCCUGUCCCGGGAUGAAGCCUGUGAUCUUCACCCAUUGGUAGGGGGGUGGAGGGGGAGGGCUCCCAGAAGGUCAUCCUAUGGCAGGCAAAUCUUAAGAGGGAAUGAAAUAAAAUUCAUAUUUUAAGGUAAGAGAAGAAAAGCUUGCAAAUAAAAUGUUUCUCUGGCCAUUGGGGCCUCUUCCUUC